AUGGGAAAUACUUUACCUCAAAGUAAUCCCACUCGACCAGUGGCAACAACAACUACAGCAACAUCAUCUGUAACGACUAAAGAUGAAUCAUCACAAUAUCCAAAAUUAAAAAAAUCUCGUAGUCUACGAGAAUAUACUCGUAGCACUUCGUUGAUUAAUAGUAGUUCCAAUAAUAGUACUAAAAGAAACAUAUCAUUACCAAGACCAAGAUCAAUGGCACCGACUGAUGCAGAAAUAAUUGAUAUUCGCGCUUUACGUUGUGCAUUACCUUCAACAGAACAUCCGCUAGAUAAUGGAAUAUCAACAACAACAACCAUAAAUAAUGAAGGCGAAAAUCAACUAUUGAAACAACUUGAUUAUAUUUAUUCAUGUGUACGAAAAGAUAAAGGUUUAUUUGGUAUGAUGACAGAAAAUAUCCAAAGUAAACAUAUUUUUUCCAAUCAUGAACCUGAAAAUACACAUACAUUAGAUCGAACUCCCGAAGAGUUUCAUAUGGAUUAUGAAUCAAUUUAUCUACAAACACUUGAUGGAGAAUUUAUACAUGCUUAUUGGAUAUAUCAUGCAAAUAAUAUUACUUCAAUACCAACAACUACAACAUUACUCUAUUUACAUGGUGCAGGUGGAAAUAUUUCACAUCGUCUUGAAGUUGUACGACUUUUCUAUGAAAAUCUUCAUUGUAACAUCUUAAUUAUUGAUUAUCGAGGUUUUGGUAAAAGUUCUGGAUCACCAUCUGAACUUGGCCUUUAUAUUGAUGCUCAAACUGCAUAUGACUAUCUAAUAUAUAAACAAAAGAUUUUGCCUGAACAUAUUAUUGUUUUUGGUACAAGUCUUGGUGCAUCUGUUGCUAUACAACUUGUUAGUGAUCCAUUAAAUCGUGUUAAAGUAGCUAUAUUCGAAAAUGCGUUUAUAUCCGUACCAGAAAUAGCAAAAUAUUUCUUAACAUAUGCCAAAAGUGUUAUUGGUGUAACAAAAUCAAUUGGUUUUAUUUAUUUAUUUGAUUCAUUACCUAAAGUACGUCGCAUAGAAUGUCCAUGUAUUUAUUUAACCGGUUUACUUGAUCCUAUUAUUCCGACAUGGAUGACCAAUACAUUAUAUAAUGAAACACGUUCUGCUAAAAAACGUCAUUUAUUUGAAUAUCCAUUUGGUAAACAUAAUGAUUUACCAAUAAUGCCUGAAUAUUUUGACAAUCUUCACUCAUUUAUUAAUGAAUUACCCACAAUAAAAUCAUCAACUGAACAAGAAUCGGUGCUGAGAUAA